GCUGACGCCGCGAAACCCCGAGAAAAACGCCGCCGGCUCGGGGGGGCUAACGGUUUGUAGCAUCGGUAGUGGUCGUUGUCUUUCAAAUCGGGGGGAUCUGGGGGUUGGUGAUUUUUUUUUUUACAAGCCGAGGGGGUCGGACAGUAAACAGCAAAGAAGCGGCACAAAGCGGGGGUGAGCCACCAGCUACCGGCAUGGCCAGGGACUACGAUUACCUCUUCAAGCUGCUCAUCAUCGGUGACAGCGGAGUGGGGAAGAGCAGUCUCCUCCUGCGAUUUGCAGACAACACGUUUUCAGGUAGCUAUAUCACCACGAUCGGCGUGGACUUUAAGAUCCGGACAGUGGAGAUCAACGGGGAGAAGGUGAAGCUACAGAUCUGGGAUACAGCAGGGCAGGAGCGCUUCCGCACCAUCACCUCCACAUACUACAGGGGAACGCAUGGGGUCAUAGUGGUAUACGACGUCACGAGCGCCGAGUCCUUCGUCAACGUCAAACGAUGGCUACAUGAAAUCAACCAGAACUGUGACGACGUGUGCCGAAUAUUAGUGGGAAACAAAAACGACGACCCCAACUCCAAGGUGGUCGAGACGACUGACGCGCAGAAGUUUGCCGAGCAGAUGGGAAUCAACCUGUUUGAGACGAGUGCAAAAGAGAACAUCAAUGUUGAAGAGAUGUUCAACUGCAUCACAGAGCUAGUGCUAAGAGCCAAGAAGGAGGUGCUCGCCAAGCAGCAGCAGCAGCAACAGAACGACGUGGUCAAACUCACCCGGAACAGUAAACGAAAGAAAAAGUGCUGCUAGCAAACUCGAAGCCAUCCGCGACAGGCCGGCUGCGUCUUUUCUUCACACAUGCAUACACACAAGAUGGGACUCAGAGCAUCUAAAUUAAAGAGCAGAUAAAGAUUUAAUAAAUAUACAAUGAAAGAUUUAAAGAAAAAAAAAUAAGUGGAAAAAAAAGUCCCCUUUGGACAAACUAAUCAUGAAGACUUAAAAAAAAUGUACAGAUUUUAUUAGACAUCAGAUCAAGUUUUAUUUGGAAUUCAGCAGAUGGGCACUAUUGACCUGAGGUCCUCCUUUCUUAAAGGAUCUGCAAGCUGACAACUGACCGCCAUAAUGCUCCGAUUUAUAUCCACAUAAUCCCCGUUUUCUCCCAUCAGAAUCUCAUCUCUCCUUCUCAUUCCACUGCACACAGGACAUUCAGAGUCGAGUUGGACUCUGCGCCUGAGGAGAAGGAGGGCUCGCCCUUUUCUGGAGUCAUUUGUUUCUUUCUAGUUGUAUUUGUUAUUUUGGGGGGUGGGAGGGGGGGUUGUUGUUGGGAGUGUUUUUUUUUUUUUUUAAAGGCGUCUGAGUUACAGUGGAGACCAUCACCAUCUCUCUACAGUUUCAGCGUUUCAGACACCUGUGUUACCACGGCGCACGCCAACAGAUCAUGAACUGCUAGAUUUUGUUUUAUUUGACUUGAUGGGGGGGGGGGAAUCACACGGAUGAUGAUGAUGAUGAUGAUGAUGAUUGGUAGACGACCUUAGCAACUAAUCCGAUGGACAGAACUGGUGACUUCAUGUUUUGUUUUUCUUUGUCUAUAUUUUGCCAAGCUUCCCACCCCCUCCCCUCUAACCUCCAGUAGUGCUGAGCCAACGAUGAUUGAUUUUAUGUUUUUCUUUUUUUUGCCUCUUUUUUGUUUUUUUGUUUUUUUUAAGUGCAGCAGAGCAGUUGAACCACUCCUGGAGCUCUGGGAUGUCAGGCUCUGAAAGCACCGUUUACUGCAGUCUUACUACGCUUUCAGAGUUUGCUUUUAAACCUUUUCCUCCAUCUUUUUUUUUUUUAAACGAUGAUACUGCCAAUAUUAUAGAAAAAGAGAUGUUAAGAGCUCAGUGGCGCCUCUCAUUGGACUGUUGCCAUAGUGGCCCCUGGUUGACCAAGAGGCAGUGUGAAUCAGGGUCUGAGAGGACCCUGUUGAGUCCUUAGGAAGCGCUCAGGACUGCUCUCCAUCCCGCUCCUUAUUUUCCUCUGUAUAUCUGCAGCCACUGGCCUUCUCUCCCCUCCCCGGCGCCCACAUAUCAGCACCUCUCACAGCGGUGGACUUGCUUCCUGCGUUUGGUCCAUCGAGGGGGCUCUCACUUUGGAAACUGGCUUCUUGUAGUCGUUGCGGUGACGGCCAAUCCAUAGCAGACUGUGGUUUCUGCCCUUGUUUUUGAGCAUGUAACACUUAGUUUGAAGGGGUGUGUCUGACAUGCAUUCAGACUGUCAAGGGUUUACUGUAUUUUCUCAGCUUGCAGAAUAUUCUUAACAGUUGACUAAUGUUCAAAUCUGAAGUCAUGUUUUUCUCUGCUCUUCUCCGUCAUGACCCCCCCGCUACCUGUUCAGCUGAAGUGUUACCACACAGUGUUGUUGGCGUCCAUGAUGAGAGUGUGGCAGACAGUGGGACUGUUAAUGUGAGAACAAAUGGGGAUGGACUGCAGCACUGGAUCCCAGUGUGUUCAGGCCUGAGCUCCUCUCCCUCUCCACGUCCAGGGUUUGUCGCAGAGGCUGUAGCAUCGUGCUGCGUCUAUUACUGACAUUUUUUUUUCUUUAUUUCGAAUUGGGAGAGUAAUAAAUGGAGGGAGCUGUAGGUGUCGGUUAAGCUUCUGUCAGAAACAUGUAGUUUUCAUCCUCUGGGCAGACUCUGGCAGGCGGUUUGGGAUCCUGAUACACAUUGAGAGGUCAAUGUGACUUCCAGGGCCAAGCAAUGGUAUCAAAUCUCACACUUUAUGAUUUCUAUUCAGUAUGUGUAUGUAUAUAUAAAUAUAUUUGUGUGUUUAUAUUCAAUAUAGAACAUACACACAUAAUUAGCACACCAAACUGUGCAUGUGUCUAACAUGCCCCGUGUGCUAUGGUUGAAACACACUCGUCAGCUGUGGUUUGCUGUACACUGGAGAAAAAGAGAUGUACUAUUCAUUUUUCCCUACAUGAAUUUAAUCAGUAAUAAACGUUUUAAAGGAAUAAAUAUUUGACACAUAAUGACUGAUCUCAUUUGUCAGUGUUUAACUUCAUUUGAAACCUGUCUUUUUUUUUCUUUUUUUUUUUUUGCUUUCUGUGAAUAAAAUUGUAUGGGAGGACGUGUGAA